AUGGCUGCAAUCAACCCCGUCGGCUACGCCGUCGACGUCCGCCCAACGCUUCGGGUUAUGAUGCGCGUGUGGGACCUUGUCAACGCCGUUCUCGCUGAUCCGACCCGCGCACUCUCAGUCAGCCCCAUUCUACCGCUGCUACAUGCCAUACCCGCAGCGGCGGGUGGUAUUGGCGGCAAACCCGACCUCGCCUCUUACCCAACCCGGCCCGCUCAUCACCUCGCGCUCCACACCAUUCUCCAGACAGUCGAGUGGGCGGUGCUAUCUCAGCCCGAGGCGUGGGAUCCUACGCUGGACGCGGUCUCGCUCCUCUUCCAACUAUACACGGACCGCGCCGGCGCCGUGUUGCUCGAGUACGAUCUAAUGCAACCCGUGUUUCUAUCUUCGCAGGACUUUGUUGAUGCCGCUGCUCCAAUGGAUCGCGUCGUCGAUGCAUUGUGGAUGCAUCGCAGCUCUCAAAGCUUCGUACGCGCUAGUCGUGCAAUUAUAAAAUUCCAGCCGUAG